AUGGACACGACCGAGCCACGGCGCGGGGGUUCCGAGGAAGUUGGACAUGAUCACGAUCAUGAUCAUGACCAUGUCCAGAGCCCCGCGUCCCCGGAGCCCCAACAGGAACUCCCCGAUGACUUGCCCAAAUCACUGGAUGAUCGCAGGACGGUCCCGGUAUAUCAAGAGACGGAAAUGUACGAUGCAUGGCAGGGACAAUCGCAAUUCCUGACCACCCCCGUGGCUGCGAGACCAUUGAGUUUCAGUCUCGCCCUCGACGACCAUUCGCAUGAUUCCGAAACCGACAUGCGCGCGCGUGACAUGGAAGAUAGUGAUGCGCGAUUGAUUGAGAUGCUUGCCGCGCAGGCCGCACAUCGUGAGAUCGAUUCACUGGGCGCUAGUGAGGAACGAAUUGCCGCGGACGAGAACUUGACGGUUGCGGAGAAACGAGACAUGUUGCAGAAGAGUCUCAAUAUGGCGGCCAGCAAUGGAGAUGUGGAACGGGUGCGCAAGUUGAUCGACGGGCCGGCGAGUAACUAUAUUGAUGUGAAUAUGCCUGAUGAGGAGGGUACGGCGCCCCUCAUAUACGCCAGUUGCUUUGGCCACCAAGAGGUCGUUUCUGCUCUGCUCGAUGCCGGCGCUUUUGUUGACCAGCAGGAUCGUAAUCAAUGGAGCGCAUUGAUGUGGGCUAUGACCAAUCGGCACAAGACGAUCGCAAAGAUUCUGCUCGACCAUGGAGCUUCACCCGAUAUCAAAUCAUCCUCGGGAGGGACUGCGUUUGACUUUGCACAGCCGGGGAGCGAGAUCUCCGAAUACUUACACGAGAAUGGCUAUCACUUUGGGGCGGCAGGGGUCGUCGAUGACUUCUACGACGCGGGGCUGGCCCACGGGCGGUUUGAAGAGGAGCUUGCGGAGAAUGAGAUGAAGCGCCGGAUGAUGAUGGAAGAAAGCGCCAUCAAUCUAGAGGUGGAUCUAUCCAGUCUUGGGCUGGAUGAAAAAUUCGAGCCUUCUGACGAUGACGAUUUGGACGAUGAGCAACAAGAAUUCGUUUGGGACAGAUGUCUAAACGACCAAAUGUUUGUCUUUCAAGAUCAUGAAUUGGAACGGAUCCUUGACAUGAUUAUCACCAACAUGACUCCUCAAAGAUCUCCAUCUCAAAAACCCGUGCCGGCCAAUCUUCUGUUCCUCAUGGCGCGCUAUGCCCACUAUCAUGCCAGCCCUGAACUUCUCACGAUUCUCCUACAUUCUGCAACAGACAAGAUCAAUGAUGUUGUGGAGCGAUACCAAUGGGAUAUGACCAUGCAAGCCUUUUGGAUGUCGAACGCGACAUUAUUGCUCCACUAUCUGAAGAAGGAUGCCGGCUUAGUAGAGGCGACGAUACAAUUCCAGCUGCACCUGGCGGAACUCAUUAACGAGAUCUUUGUCCUGAUCAUCCGUGAUGCCGAGCGUCGCAUGAAUAAGGUCCUCGAUGCGGCGAUGCUUGACCACGAGACCAUUCCGGGAAUGGAGGACAUUGCUUUUCAGAACGAGUGGAAGUUGUUCCGUAAGAAGAAAUCCGAAGCCCCCGAACCCGCCGAGAAGCGAUUUCGUCCUCCAUCGCCUCGCCGACGAGCACAAAUCUCACCUCGCAACAUCACCUCACUCCUUUCCUCAACACUCUUUGUGCUGGACCUGUACGACGUCCAUUCAGUGAUUACCACCCAGAUCAUCUCACAAUUAUUGUACUGGUUGAGUGCCGAGAUCUUCAAUCGGAUCAUGAGCACACGACGGUAUCUGGCGCGCACCAAGGCCAUGCAGAUUCGAAUGAACGUCUCUGCUUUGGAGGACUGGGCACGAACCAACAAUCGUCAACCCGAGCAUUAUGAAAAUGGCUCAUUGACCACAACCGGAGAAACCACGGUUGACGCUGCCCGUCGGCAUCUGGCUCCGGUCAUUCAGCUCCUCCAAUGGCUACAAUGCUUUUCCUCACUAGGCGAGGACCACGAGUCUCUCGUCACCACACUCUUACAGCUCCAACAGCUCACUCCAACACAGCUAUUGCAUGCUGUUAAGUCCUAUCGGCCCGAGGUCGGCGAGAAAGGGCUCACCAAGCAAGCAAUGCGAUUCCUCCUUGAUGUCCAGCGUGAUCCUGAACUCAUGUACCGCGAACAAUUCCGAAUCCAAGAGGAGAAAGCCCGUGCAGAUGCCGGCCCAAUUGCGCCUUCCACCAUCGAAAACCGGCCCAAAACCCCCCCGCCUGCCAAAGCCCAGGGCGAACAGGCGAGUCCCCCCACUCCAGAAACCGGGGUCACCUCUCCGAGCUCUGUGGCCAGAAAUUCAAGGCCGAGUAGUAUCUCGGGUCCUUCGCGAAAUGACGAACGGCCCGGCAGAGACACGGUCUUCCUCGACACUACUUUCUUCCUCCCAUUUUCGUUACCUACCAGCACCGACAUGCUGAUCAGUUACGGCGCUGGACUGGGUGGGACGAAUCGUGAGCGUGCUCGCAAGUAUGUCCCUACGGUGCCUCCAGAGGUGCUUAGUCGGUUGGAUCGUGGUGCCGAGACGUAA